GCGCGCGGCUCGUUCUCGCGAGAGCUCGGCUCCCUCCGCGGACUGUGAGGCGGCGGCUGCAGGCUCAACAUGGACGCUCUCGGAGACUACGUGUGGCCCCGUGCCACCUCGGAGCUCAUGCUCCUCCCGGUCACGGGUCUGGAGUGUGUGAGGGACCGGCUGUUGGCGGGUGAGGGGCCCGACAUGCUGGUGUACAGCCUGGACCUUGGCGGGCACCUGCAGAUGAUGAAGCGUGUGCAGAACCUGCUUGGCCAUUAUCUUAUCCACGGCUUUCGGGUACGGCCAGAGCCCAAUGGAGACAUUGAUUCGGAGGCCAUGGUGGCUGUGUUUGGGAGCAAAGGCCUCCGCAUUGUCAAAGUCGGCUGGGGAGAGAGCCGCUUCCGGGAGCUAUGGCGCUCUGGCCUGUGGAACAUGUCCGACUGGAUCUGGGAUGUACGCUGGCUCGAGGGCAACGUGGCCUUGGCCCUGGGGCACAAUUCGGUGGUGCUCUACGACCCCAUCAUAGGGUGCCUCCUGCAGGAGGUGCCCUGCACCGACAGGUGCACGCUCUCCUCAGCCUGCCUCAUCGGGGACACGUGGAAGGAACUGGCUGUUGUGGCAGGUGCUGUUUCCAACCAGCUGCUGGUCUGGUACCCAGCAGUUGCUCUGACAGAUGACAAACCCGUGGCACCUGACCGACGAGUCAGCGGGCAUGUGGGUGUCAUCUUCAGCAUGUCGUACCUGGAAAGUAAGGGCUUGCUGGCUACGGCUUCCGAAGACCGCAGCGUCCGGAUCUGGAAGGUGGGCGACCUGCGGGUGCCUGGGGGUCGGGUGCAGAGCGUUGGGCACUGCUUUGGGCACAGCGCCCGGGUGUGGCAGGUCAAGCUGCUGGAGAACUACCUGGUCAGUGCGGGGGAGGACUGUGUGUGCCUGGUGUGGAGCCACGAAGGGGAGCUCCUGCAGGCCUUCCGGGGCCACCAAGGUCGUGGGGUCCGGGCCAUCGCUGCCCACGAGAGGCAGGCCUGGGUGGUCACGGGGGGAGAUGACUCCGGCAUUCGGCUCUGGCACCUGCUAGGACGUGGGGACCCCAGCUUGGGGGUCUCAGCUCUGGGUUUCAAGUCCCAAAGUAGGCCAGGUACCCUUAAGGCUGUGACACUGGCUGGCUCUUGGCGGCUGCUGGCGGUGACAGACACAGGCUCCCUGUACCUCUAUGACGUCGAGGUCAAGUGCUGGGAGCAGCUGCUGGAGGAUGAGCGCUUCCAGUCCUACUGCCUGCUGGAAGCGGCCCCCGGGCCUGAGGGCUUCGGACUCUGUGCCAUGGCCAAUGGCGAGGGACGCGUCAAAGUGGUCCCCAUCAACACACCCACUGCCGCUGUGGACCAGGUCUUGUUCCCUGGCAAGGUACACAGCCUGAGCUGGGCCCUGCGCGGCUACGAGGAGCUCCUGCUGCUGGCGUCGGGCCCGGGGGGAGAAGUAGCCUGCUUGGAAAUAGCCGCUGCACCCUCUGGCAAGGCCAUCUUUGUCAAGGAGCGGUGCCGGUACCUGUUACCCCCGAGCAAGCAGAGGUGGCAUACGUGCAGUGCCUUCCUGCCCCCUGGGGACUUCGUGGUGUGCGGGGACCGCCGGGGCUCCGUGCUGCUCUUCCCUGCCAGGCCAGGUCCGCUCAAGGAGCCUGUGGAUGGGAGCAAGGCUGGGGCUGAGGCUGGGGCCCCUGCGACUGGGGGUGGUGCGGACGGGAGCAAGAAGGACGUGGCUGGUUGGGGCCCUGUGUCGACGCUGCAUUCCCUACAUGGGAAGCAGGGCGUGACCUCGGUCACCUGCCAUGGUGGCUACGUGUACACCACAGGGCGCGAUGGCGCCUACUACCAGCUCCUGGUGCAGGACGGGCAGCUCCAACCAAUCCUAAGGCAGAAGUGCUGUCGCGGCAUGAACUGGGUAGCUGGGCUGCGCAUGGUGCCUGAUGGCAGCAUGGUCGUCUUGGGUUUCCAUGCCAACGAAUUUGUGGUGUGGAGCCCCAGGUCACAUGAGAAGCUGCACGUUGUCACCUGUGGUGGGGGCCACCGCUCCUGGGCCUUCUCUGAUACUGAGGCAGCCAUGGCCUUCGCUUACCUCAAGGAUGGAGACGUGAUGCUGUACCGGGCUCUGGGCGGCUGCACGCGGCCCCACGUGGUCCUCCGAGAGGGUCUCCACGGCCGGGAGGUCACCUGUGUCAAGCGUGUGGGCGCCAUUGCCCUGGGGCCGGAAUUUGAGGUGCCCAGCUUCAUGCAGCCUGACCUCCUGGAGCCGGGCAGUGAAGGGCCUGGCCUGAUUGACAUUGUCAUUACGUGCAGCGAGGACACCACCGUGUGUGUCCUGGCACUGCCCACUGCCACAGGCUCAGCCCACGCACUCACAUCUGUGUGUAACCACAUCUCCUCCGUGCGCGCUUUGGCCGUGUGGGAUGUGGGCACUCCAGGGGGCCCCAAGGACCCUCGGCCAGGUCUGACAGCCCGCGUGGUGUCUGCUGGUGGCCGAGCCGAGAUAAACUGCUUCAGCAUCCUGGUCACUCCGGACCCUAGUACCCCGAGUGGCCUCGCCUGCCACGUCAUGCACCUUUCAUCUCACCGGCUAGACGAGUACUGGGACCGGCUGCGUCAUCGGCAUCGGAUGGUCAAAAUGGACCCGGAGACCAGGUAUAUGUCCCUGGCUGUGUGUGAACUGAAUCGGCCUAGCCUGGGCCCCCUUGUGGCUGCAGCCUGCAGUGACGGGGCUGUGAGGCUCUUUCUCCUGCAGGACUGCGGGCGGGUUCUGCAGCUCCUGGCAGAGACCUUCCACCAUGAGCGCUGUGUCCUCAAGGUGCACUCCUUUACUCAUGAAGUGCCUGGCCAGCCACGGAGGCUGUUCCUGUGCAGUGCGGCCACUGACGGCAGCCUAGCCUUCUGGGACCUCAGCACAGUGCUGGACCCUGGUUCCACUGUCCUGCAGCCCCCAUCGGAGCCCGGCACGCCCCACCGGCUGGGUGCCCCCUGCCUGACCAUCCAGGCCCACAGCUGUGGUGUCAACAGCCUGGACACCUUGGCCACAAGGGAGGGCCACCACUUUGUGGCUAGUGGCAGUGAAGACGGCUCCCUGCACAUCUGCGUGCUUGCUAUGGAGAUGCCAGAGCCGGAGGAGGCUGCGGGUGCUGCCGACGCAGUGCCCCAGCUGCGUGUGCUCGAAGAGUUCUCUGUCCCCUGUGCACACGCUGCCCACGUGACAGGCCUCAAGCUCCUAAGCCCCAGCCUCAUGGUCUCAGCCUCCAUUGACCAGCGGCUGACCUUCUGGCGCCUGGGGCACGGUGAGCCCACCUUCCUGAACAGCACCGUGUACCAUGUGCCAGAUGUGGCCGACAUGGACUGCUGGCCUGUGAGCCCCGAGUUUGGCCACCGCUGUGCCCUCGGGGGCCAGGGCCUGGAGGUGUACAACUGGUAUGACUAAAGUGGCCUGCAGCGCCGGCAAGUCCCUGAGCAGAGCAGGAGUGAACAUUCCAGUGAACAUUUGUAGAUCUCCUCAGCCUCAGAUGUGGCUCAGUGGAGGAAGGCCCAGCAGGGCCAGGCCGGCAUGCAGCACCUCGCGCACGGCCCGCAGCAGCUGCAGGCGGGCGAACAUCUGACCAAAGAGAUGGGGCCGCGGUUCCUGUGGGAGAAGGGGGCUGCUGGUCCUGCCUCUGUUCCCAGGCCAUCCCCUGCCCCACCUCUCGCCACCCCUGCUGUCCCCCCAGCUGUGCACUCACCCCUAGCACGUGUACCCUGUUGUAGUAGGAGCUGAAGUCCAUGCUGAGCUGCACCAGGAACUUGCACACCUGGACAGAGAGACAGUGUCACCAGCCUGCCCUAUGCUUACAUCCCUGCCCAGAAUAAAGAGUACUGUGUGUGUGCCAC